AUGAGUAAAGGAGGCAAUGCUUCACUUGUGGAUAUAAAUGGUGAUAACAUCCUACAUUUGGCCUGUCUUGGAGGACAUGUUAAGAUGGUGAAGUACAUCCUCUCACAGGGAAUUGUGGACAUCAACUGUAGAGGAAUGUACGGGAGGACACCCUUGAUGAUUGCAGCAACGGACGGACAUAAAGACGUGUUUGACUUAGUCAUUAUUGAAGGAGGUGAUGUGUCUGCAUUUGAUGGUAAUGGUAAUAACAUCCUACAUUUAGCCUGUGUUGGAGGAAAUGUCGAUAUAGUAAAGUACAUCCUCUCUCAGAACAUUGCGGAAAUCAACAGUAAAACAACAAAUGGAUUGACACCAUUGAUGGUGGCCUCAGCUGAGGGACAUAAAGACGUGUUUGACUUGCUUGUUAGUGAAGGAGGUGAUGUGUCUGCAGUUGAUGGUAAUGGUUCCACGAUCCUGCACGUGGCCUGUUUCUGUGGCCAAGUGGAAAUGGUGAAGCAUAUUCUGUCUCAAAAUAUUGUGGAUAUUUACGCCAAGAACAAGCAUGCGUACACGGCAGCGAUGAUGGCAAAGUUUAGAAAACACAUGAAAGUGUAUGACCUCAUUAUUUCGCAGGGCUGA